AUGCCCUUCCGCUUCAUCUCCUCCUUCUUCAACUCAUCCCCCGCGGAAAAAAUGUCGUAUCCCGACCAGCGAUCUGAAGAGGAGUGGCGUAUGGUUCUGAACAAAGAACAAUUCCGCAUCCUCCGCCAAAAAGGCACCGAACCCGCCGGCUCUGGCGAAUACGACAAGCACUACCCGGACUCGGGCGUCUACUCCUGCGCCGGCUGCUCGGCCCCACUGUACCGCGCCUCCCACAAAUUCAGCUCGGGCUGCGGCUGGCCGGCCUACUUUGACAGCAUCCCCGGCGCCGUGGAGCGCCACGAGGACCGCACGUUCGGCAUGACGAGGACGGAGAUUGUGUGCGCUAAUUGUGGCGGGCAUUUGGGUCAUGUUUUCAAGGGGGAGGGGUUCCCUACGCCGACGGAUGAGAGGCAUUGUGUUAAUAGUGUGAGUAUCAAAUUCUCGCCGCAGGAUAAGGUUGUUGGGAAGGGCGAGGAGGGGAAGGAGAGUAAGGCGUAG